UGUUGGUAUUGCUCAUUUGUUAAAAUUUUAUCAUUCCUUAUUAGUUUUACAUUAGAGUUCCGAGUAUCAUGAACCAUUUAAGAAUCGUGUUGAUUUUGGCUUUUGUGAUAUUAACAAACAUACACUCAGGUAGUGGUACCAAAGCAAAUGAAAAAAUGCAAACGACAAUUGGUGGUGCCAGUAGAGGAGGCAAAUCAUCAAGUCAGGCAAAGCAACAAUUAGAAGGCGAUUAUAAUAUCGAUGAUAAACAACGUCAAGUUAGAGAGGACAUGGCAGCCAGUGGUAACAACCCAAAAGGAGAAAUGAAAGCGACGAGUGGUGAUGCCAGUAGUGGAGCCGAAUCAUCAAGUCAGGCAAAGCACAUCUAUGAUGAUUAUUUAAAGUCCCUGAGGCGUUUAAAUACAUAUUAA